CUAUCAAUGUGGCGCCGGCGGCGCUGAUCGCAAUGAUGAUAAAUUGCAUGUGUAUGUAACGCGGCGGCGUGAGUUUCUCGAUACAGCUACGGGUUAGGAACGGCGAAGGCUGUUCACGGGGGUGACGGGCAAAAUUCGCAGACAGGUUAAGCAUCGACGCGAAAAGACGCCUCGUAUGUCGCGACGCUGAGCUCCUCGAGAGAACGCGUAAUCCACGAGUGCGUUCAUUCAUUCGUGAGCGACAAUGAUAUCGUGCUAACCGUCCCUACCGAUUCGGGAGCCAUGGCGAACAUCGCGGCGCAGCGAAUCAAACGGGAAUUCAAAGAGGUUAUAAAGAGCGAGGAGAUAGCGAAAUGUGCGAUUAAAGUUGAAUUGGUCAACGAUAGUCUUACCGAAUUAAAGGGUGAAAUUGCUGGUCCACCAGAUACGCCGUAUGAAGGAGGUAAUUUUGUGCUCGAAAUUAAAGUUCCCGAGACAUAUCCAUUCAAUCCUCCCAAAGUACGUUUUAUAACAAAAAUAUGGCAUCCUAAUAUAUCUUCAGUCACUGGUGCUAUUUGUUUGGAUAUUUUAAAAGAUCAAUGGGCUGCUGCAAUGACUCUGCGUACAGUAUUACUGUCGCUACAAGCAUUGUUAUCUGCAGCAGAGCCUGAUGAUCCUCAGGAUGCAGUAGUCGCUAAACAAUAUAAAGAACAUCCCGAAAUGUUUCGGCAAACCGCCACACAUUGGACAUUUGUAUAUGCAGGUGGACCAGCAAAAAUGCCUGAUUUAGAUGACAAGAUAAGAAGAUUAACAGAUAUGGGAAUUGAAGAACAUAAUGCGAGAGUUGCUCUAUCCUCAUAUAAUUGGGAUUUGGAACGCGCUACCGAGCACUGCCUCUUCAGUUAGUGAUAACUACAUAGUUAAUCUGUUACAUCCAAGCACCAUUCAUUUUGUCAUUAAGAAGUUCUUGUAAUAAUCAUGUUCGGAUAUUGAUAUUAUUAGUGGUUUGAGACAAUUGGUACUUUGCACCUAAAGUGACAAUAUCUGAUACAAAAAAUAUCACCAGGCAAGCAUUCAAUAUCCACCAAUAGUCAUUUAUUUAAUUUAUAACAUAGGCAUGAGGAAUAAUUAAUAAAAAAUCAUAACAUGAAUCAGUUAAAUAAAUUUCAAGUAUUUUUUAAUAA